UGGCUCAGUUUGCUUUCAGCUCUUUGAGUCUGCGCAGGCGCCGCUCGCAAGUUCCGUUAACGCGUCGUGGAAGUGGAAGUGGCGGCACCGGUGCGCAGCUGAUUUAGCGUGUGUCGCGAAUCAAUUACGAUCUAAAUAAAUAAGCAUCAAUCAUUACACACAGAUACUACACACGCCUUUAAGAUGCUGCAGCAGUGCAUUAUUAAGUCACCGAAUGGCGCAUUGGGCCUGAAUUUGAGUCGUGCACCCUGGGACCCAUAUCCGUGGGUCAGCGGCGUGCAGGCGGAGUCAAAUGCCCAAUUGGCAGGUGUCCGCAUUGGCGACACCUUGCUGCAGCUGAAUGGCAUCGAUGUCUUGGGCAUGAGGAUCAGCGAGCUGGCCAACCGACUGCGGGAGCAUUGGCUAACUGGCGCUGAGCAUGCGACCAUGAUGAUGUGGCGACAACAGCCAGCCACACUCAGCUCAACAGAUGACCCCAACGAGGCGGCGCACGCUGUGCAGCAUGGCAUUAAUCAACAGUCGCUGCAAAAGUUUGCAACAUGCCUGCAACAUAUUGCCCAAUUACUGGAGUGUCCUGUUUGUUGUGAUGUCGUCAAACCACCUGGCUGGCAGUGCUGCAAUGGACACGUGCUUUGUAAUAAUUGCCGUAACCGCUCGGUAAAGUGUCCGGUUUGCAGGGUGCCAUUGGGACCUAGGGGACGCUGCCUGCUGUCGGAUAAAUUAUUUACGCUGCUAGCGGAAAAUUUCCCCUGUGAUGGAGAGGGUCUUCUUGGUAUUGUGCAUUGUGUGCAAGAUUUUCGCUUCUACAAAUUUAUGAAUUCGAUUGUCCAUAUGUGCUGCCUCAUUUUAAUAAACUCUUCACAACACACACACACACAUAUGUAUGCCUGGAAAAUAAAGUUUGUUUAUUUUUUUCGUCUGCUUGUUUUGUGUUUUGCAGUGAAAAUCAACAAGGAGAACGACAACAGCAACAGCAACAGUCGGAGCAUUGAAAAUAGCAAUGCCAAAUGCACGAAUGAAUAUCAUAAUCAACCAAAAAUGGCACUGGCCAAAUCAAACUCAAACUCGAGCAAAAAGUCCAGAAAAACAUCGAGGCAGCAGCAGUUGCAGGAGGACACACUGAUUUUGGUUGUGAAUGGAGCUGGUGCUGGCGAGGAGCAGGCGAAGACGAUGCUCGGAGAAGAGAAGGAGGAGGUGAAACAGUGCGUUAAGCAGGUUUCAGGAAUGCCAAAGGGAAAUGAGCAAAGUGCGCAAAUACUACGAAAUAAUGUCAACGAUGCAGGCCUGCAAUGUGGCGUGAUAAAAGCACAGCAGCAGGCAGGGAAUAGCACUAAGGAACUACAGCCGGUGAUGGAGGCGGUGGAAAGCAACAAUAUGCUCGUUAAACCAAAGUUAAAGUUGAGUAAGAAAAGUUGGCAGAUUACAGGCCGAGAUCAAGACGAAUUGCGCUGCGAUGAAGUUGCAAACAUAAAUAAUGGCCAACAGCGCAUGCUGGGAUUGGAGCUGCACAGCGGACAGCAGCAGUCUGAGGUAGAGGGGCAGGUGUUGUUGCUGGUGGAGGCAGAGGCGAAGAAGAAGGAGGUGGAGGAGGAGGAGCAAAGCACAGGCCAACAGCAAUAUCAAAAUUAUCAUUGCCCGACUGGGAAAUCAUGCUGCAGUCAGGCGAAACUUUUCCAGCCAGCGAGCGCCAACAAAUUGUCAACCGUCAAACGAGAGUCUGCCACCGUCACCGCCACCGCAGCACCCGAAAAGCGGUUGGGUGCAGUCGCUGAAAUUGCAUUUGUUGUUGCAACAGCAGCAGCAGCAAAAACAGUGCGGCGACCUUAUCGGCGGACAGCCACAAAGCGACUCCCAAGGCGAAUGCUGCGCAAUUGGUAUGGAGGAGCAUCAAUAAAAAUGCUUUUGAACUUGCAGCCAUGCAAUGUCGCAUUGGAGCCACUGAAUGUUGUGCACUUCGACGGCACCUUUGGCCAGCGUUUGCGCGUCCAUGCUCAACUGCGGCCCCAGCAGACGCAGGUCUGUCUGCGUCUGAGUGAGGAGCCAAGUUCUGGGUCCCGCGAAGUGCAAACAUUUUUCUUGGCCCUGUUGCCGUGGCAAGACAAGCAUGCCGUGUUCCUUUGGCACCUCAAUGCUGCGGAGCAAGAGCCAGCACAACACUUUCAGACAGUCAUCGAGGCGCAAGGCAAUCGGGUCAAAUGGUUUGGUCAAGCUCAGCCGGUGACCCGCAGUUGGCCAGAGAUCUGUGCAGCUGGCCAAUUUCUCACUUGGAUGGAUGAGGGACAACAGUCUUGCACGGCAUUCGAUAUUAUCGUGAAGAGGAAAUAGUCUCAGUUCUAGUUUGGAUAAUUAGUUGGAUUAUAGCGUAUACGUAAUGAAUAAUUUAUGAUUAAGUGUAAAAUAAACAUUGCUUACACACAAUGUGAGAGCGCACAAGCCCAGUAAUAAAAAUG